AUGGCGCUGCACGUCAAUGAGGGGCCCAAAAGCCUAGAGAAGAGCUACGACCUUUCAUGUUACAUUGCCUUGCACAAGCGUGCUGUCGCUAGCGCUGCCAAGCCACCUGCCAACCGAGUCCUCCAGCAGCUGAGCCUCGCCUGGCGAGCUUUACCUGAGAAGAAGUUCGUGAAAGCUGCAAACGCCGUUGCCAAGCUGGACUUGGGAAAGGAGCUCUGGGCUAAGCCGCUGAAAGUGGCCUUGGAAGCUUGGCUGCCUCGAAUGGAUGGCCGUCACCUGGCCAACUUGAAGGCCAUCGCUGUCAUGGAGCUGCUGAAUGAGCCACAGGCCCUGCAGGCGUACCUGGAGCAGUGUGAGAGCAGGCGGAACGACUUCUGGUACUCUCGACACCUGCAAGUGGUGGAAGCUCAUGUGCACUUGUUGUAUCCCGACUUGUGGACUUCCUUGGACGAGCGCAUACGUCUCUUUCUGCAAGAGGUUCGGACUGCAGCGGAGGAAAGCCGGGCCCGUGCCCAGGCGCAGGCGGCGCAGGCAGAAGAGGCGGAGGACGACUCGGACUCUGAGGACUCUGAAGAUGAAGCGCCAAGCCUCAUCCAAGCCCCGACCUUCGACAAGCAGCGCUUCAGCUCAGCUCUUCAUGCUGACAUCAGUCGCAUGCUCACCGCCCUGGGUGUGGAGCAUAGCAACAAGAUUUCUGCGGGCCCUGUGCUCCUGGACAUGGUGCACAUGCCCAGCAUGGUGGUCGUGGAGGCAGCUGCACCAUGGCAGUUCUACCUCCGCUCCCCGCAGAUAACUGCGCUCGCACGGCGCCGACAGGAGGGGGAGAUGAUCCAAGCCAUGGGCUUCAACGUCACAGUCAUCCCGUACUAUCGAUGGGAUGCCCUGAAGAACGAUGCUGCCAAGGCAGAACUUCUGCGCAAGCAGCUGCCGAAAGAGGUCAGCAGCUGUAUGGCCUCGUCGGCAGGCCAAAUACAGCGGUUGGCAUGGCACGUAGCGUCAGCUUUGUGA